GCCGUCGAAGCGAAGCGGAGCCAAAUAAAAUUGGGGAACGGCACAGUUGACUCUCAGUUGACUCUUGAUAACAACUAGAAUGGAGCGCAGGGGGCUGCAGGCACUCGCUGUGCUCGUGGCUUGUGCAGUCCAUGGCGCCGGGGGGCAGUCGCCGCCGGGUCAUCGCACCAGGUACGAGCCGAACUGGGCGAGUCUGGACCAGCGACCGCUGCCCCGCUGGUACGACGAGGCUAAGGUGGGCAUCUUUCUGCACUACGGCGUGUACUCGGUGCCGAGCUUUGGCUCCGAAUGGUUCUGGACCAACUGGAUAAAUCUGCGCAAUCCCGACUAUAUACGCUUCAUGCAGCGCAACUACAAGCCCGACUUCACCUAUCAGCAAUUCGCGGAUCAGUUCACGGCGGAGCUCUUCAAUGCCACGCAGUGGGCCCUGCUCUUUCGAGAUAGCGGCGCCAGGUAUGUCGUGCUGACCAGCAAGCAUCACGACGGCUACACGCUGUGGCCCUCGAAGCAGAGCUUCGGCUGGAACGCAAUGGAUGUGGGACCCAAACGCGAUAUAAUCAAGGAGCUGGCGGCGGCGGUGCGCAGCGUUACGGAUCUUCGAUUUGGGCUGUAUUACUCGCUGUUCGAGUGGUUCAAUCGAUUGUGGAUCGAUGACAAGCUGCAUCUGCUGCUGCAGCAGCACUUCGUGGACUACAAGGUGCGACCCGAGCAGAUGGAGCUGGUGCAGGAGUAUUUGCCGGAUAUCAUUUGGUCGGACGGCGAUUGGGAGGCGCCGGCCAAGUACUGGAAAUCGGAGGAGUUCAUCGCCUGGCUCUACAAUGACAGUCCCGUGCGGGAGACUGUGGUGACCAAUGAUCGCUGGGGCUUUGGCACCGCCUGCUUGCACGGCGACUUUUACAAUUGUGCGGAUCGCUUCAAUCCGGGCGUGCUGCAGGCCCACAAAUGGGAGAACGCAUUCACCCUGGAUCGCACCAGCUGGGGUCAGCGCUUCGAUGUCACCCUGUCGGAUUUCAUGAGCUCCAAAGAUGUCAUAAGGGAAAUUGUGAGCACGGUCAGCUGCAACGGCAAUGUCCUGAUCAAUGUGGGUCCCACCAAAUACGGCACCAUAUUGCCCAUUUUCGAGGAGCGACUGCGGGACAUGGGCCGCUGGCUGAAGGUCAAUGGGGCGGGCAUCUAUGGCAGCACGCCGUGGAUCUAUCAGAACGAUACCCAGACGCCGCACGUGUGGUACACCCGGGGCAAGGAGUCGGAUGAUGUCAACACCGUCAUCUAUGCAUUUGUACUGGAAUAUCCGUACGACACAAACGAGCUGGACAUAUAUCCGCUUGGCAAGGAAAUCAAUGUCUUUCGCAAUGUUUUGCUCACGGGCCUAGACUUGGGCAUGGAUAGCGAUGUCUUAAACAAGGCGACCACCCAGAUUACUAUGCUGGGCAUGGAAGACACGAAGAUAGCCUGGACGGCAAACCACAACAAAUUGCACAUCCUAUUUCCACCCAAACAUCAUAUUGAUAAGCGUGGCCUCGAUUACGCCUGGACUUUUAAAAUAACUAUAGUUUAAGCUUAACGCUUAACCCAU